AUUUGAAUACCAUUGUGUGCAUUUACAAGGUGAUAUCUCCUUGCAACCGCUACAUCAUGUCGACCCUCACAACCACCACCGUCGCCGACCUUUCCACAGGCAAGAAAGACGAGAAAGAAGUCAAACAAGAAACCGCCGUGACAGACAGAUUUGCAACAGGCGGCUACCCCUUCCCCGGCCUCCCAACUUUCGACGACCUCUACAAAAAACGACGAUGGCAAUUGGAGCACAUGGCCGGGGCCUUCCGAGUAUUCGCCCGAAAGGGCUUUACAGAGGGAACAGCAGGGCACAUUAGUGUCCGUGAUCCUGUGCAGCCAGAUACAUUCUGGAUAAAUCCGCUCGGAGUCCACUUCGCCAUUCUCAAAGCAAGCGACAUGGUCCAGGUCAAUGAAAAAGGCCAGGUCAUCGGCGGAAAUAAAGUAGCUGUUAAUUCAGCUGGAUUCCAGAUCCAUAGUGCGGUUCACAGGGCUCGUCCGGAUGUACAUGCCGCCUGUCACACGCAUUCGCCGGCGGGAAAGGCGUGGUCGACGUUCGGUCGGCCAUUGGAUAUUAUCAGCCAGGAUGCCUGUAUAUUCUGGGGUAUUCAGACAGUCUAUAAGGACUUUGGUGGAGUUGUGCUGGAGCAGGAUGAGGGAGAGAGGAUUGCUAAGGCGUUGGGUGAUAGUAAGAAAGUGGUUAUUUUGCAGAACCACGGCCUGCUUACAACCGGAGCUACUGUCGAUGAGGCGGCUUAUCUGUUUACACUACUGGAGCGAUCGUGCGAAGUGCAGCUGAUGGUGGAAAGUGCUGGGUUGCCAAAGAAGAUUGUGGGUGACAGCGAGGCCGAGUACACGGCCAAAGUUAACGCUGACCCGGAAACCCUCUAUAUAGAGUUCCAACCGGACUUUGAGUACGAAAUUUGGAAGUCCGAGGGGGAAUUGAGAAGGCCCCCUGAUGUGUAGAAGGCUAUCAUAUAAUUACUCGUGCUUCAUCUUUGAGAAUCUAAACAAUACUACAAAAUAUGCC